ACGUUGUAUGUUUCGAUUGGCUUACGUCGUUCUAGCUCCCAGCGCAGGUCAGAAGCAGUUUUCGGGUCGUGUGCAAACCUCGUGUGGCGCAACCAAGAGGAACUAGACAUAAAUAGGGCUACUGGUGGUGGCGUGAGGAUUACUACUCAGACAUGAGCAGCAACGAGUGCUUCAAAUGUGGACGCUCUGGCCAUUGGGCUCGGGAAUGCCCAACUGGAGGUGGCCGUGGGGGCCGUGGUGGAGGAAGAGGUCGUGGGGCCCGUGGUGGAUUUAAUUCUUCUAGAGGUUUCCAGUUUAUUUCGUCAUCCCUUCCAGACAUCUGUUACCGUUGCGGGGAAUCUGGUCACCUUGCUAAGGAUUGUGAUCUUCAAGAGGAUGCCUGCUAUAACUGUGGCAGAGGUGGGCACAUUGCCAAAGACUGUAAGGAGCCAAGAAAAGAGCGAGAGCAAUGCUGCUACAACUGUGGAAAGCCUGGUCAUCUUGCUCGUGACUGUGACCACGCUGAUGAGCAGAAGUGUUAUUCUUGUGGAGAGUUUGGCCAUAUCCAGAAAGAUUGCACUAAAGUGAAAUGCUACAGGUGUGGAGAAACUGGCCAUGUAGCCAUCAACUGCAGUAAGACAAGUGAAGUCAACUGUUACCGCUGUGGGGAGUCAGGGCACCUUGCACGGGAAUGCACGAUUGAAGCAACAGCUUAAAUUUCCUUUGUCGCCCCUCCUUUUUUUGAUGGUUGUAUUUUCUCUGAAUCCUCUUCACUGGCCAAUGGUUGGCAGAUAGAGGCUAGUCCCAGGCCAGUGAGCUUUACUUGACAUGUAAAAGGAGGAAAGGGGUGGAAAACGACUUUCUGCAUUUAACUACAAAAAAUGUUUAUGUUUAGUUUGGUAGAGGUGUUAUGUAUAAUGCUUUGUUAAAGAACCCCCUUUCCGUGCCACUGGUGAUUAGGGAUUUAAUGGUAAGAGUUGAGUCAGCCUUGUAGACCCCUACAUGGUUUAUGCACCCCCACACCUGUGCAGUAGGGGAAUGCUUUUUGAAGUAUCUACUUGAUAUUUUAAGCUUAUGAUGGUCUUAUUGUCUGACCUCAGCUGUUCAUAACAUCAAGUACAUCUGCAUCAGGCCCUGCCUACAGUCUAAGCAGAGUGGAAGUAAACACGUCAACUAGUGGCCUUUUGCAAAAUAUCAGUUGAAACCAUAAGCCAAUUUGGCCACUCCAUACAUUUUUGGAGACACAGUUGAAGGCAGUUUUGGAAUAAAUAUUUCAUGGGCAUAAUGAACCCAGGACAAGCAUCAGUGGAAAAAGCAAAUGAAAAGUUGUUACUAUUCAGGAGCUGCAGAUUAUUGUUUUCUCAGAAAUCAAGAUGUUAUUUUUGUAUACUAUAUCACUUUAGACAACAGAGUUUCAUUUGCUUAUCAGUUUUAAAAGUCAGAGGGUAAAAGAAACUGAAGUCCUAGAACAUAGAAAUGUAAUUUUAAACUAUCAAUAAAGCUGGAGGAGGAAGGGGAGUCUGCGUAAA